AGCCAAAGAAUAACGACAUUUUAGGUUCUAAUUUACAAGGUCGAUAGUAGUUUUCGAUGUAAAAGUCAAGUGUCCGGAAAUCAAAUUAUAGACAUAAUUGUAUGAAAUUGAAAUAAAGAAGAAGGGCUCCUGAUAAAAGUUGUUAUUCGGUAAAAUGAACAGCAGGUUUACGAGUAAUUUGCCUGAAUUAAAGUUUGACAUUAGGAGAAGCUCGUUUCUUGUCAAAAUACCCUUUGAUUACUGCAAUUAUCGUCUGGAUUUUCCUGGAGAGGUUGUCGGGAUCAAUUCCCCCAAUUAAUCAAAAUUAAGGCCAUGGACAUUGGAGGGGCUUAUAAGUUUUUGUCGUGCCAAACUCCAUUUUCAAAUUCAAAUUUCAUAUUUAUUAGUAAGAGAUCUUCCCAAAAUCCAUAAUGUUCAUCGAAUCUUGAUCAUUGACCUCGUGACCCAAGUUACAACCCAGGAAACCGGGAAUGAAAUUUAAACCAAUCAAAGUGAAGAAUGAUCGGCAUUGAACCAAUCAAAGCAUCCAGUUAUUCGGCAUUGUUUGGUGAAUGCUCACUAAGGCAUGAAAGACAUAUUUGGUUGGCGCCAUUUUGUAUAUUUUGUAGUGGAUGUAGUUCACUGAUUUCAGCUGGAAUUUUGUCAUAUUUCUCCAUUAUGGCUGUGGAAGGUGGUUACCUAACUGAACUUCUAACCGAAAAGGACAACUUAGAUCCAUCCUUCGUACAUUCAAUGCGCUUGUUAACCGAAGGUAGGCGGUGUAUCUUCUCUAAAAUCACUUCUGCAACGUCACGUAAAGUCGGAGCUUAAAAGAUCGAGUGUAAUGUUAGCAUUCCUUCGCGGUCAAGAACCACCAGUUGCUUGCAAAAGUAUCAUAUCUUGGUAUUCAGGGCAAAUCGAUCUUUUCGGAUUGAUGAGUUGUUGACGAAGUAUCAUCUCUGUAUUUGUUCUCAUCCCGUGAAAAGUCCUCGUUUUGAAUCGUUGUUAUUGGGAGCCGAGUGGUGAAACGAAGAAUGUGCACUCUCCAAAGAAUUGUGCUCCUGCUUUGAUAAGAUCUCCUUUCUCCCACAUUGUAUCUUGAUUAUCAAAAUGUUUCUUAAAGCCUUUAACUAGUGAUUAUGGCUACAUGUAGCUAUGGUGAGGGAACAAACCUCCAGAGUAGAAUUUCCUUUCGAUAACGCCGCUUUUGCAUCGGAGCGGUUACGUGCGUCACCUCAAAUCCUUUGGAUCUUUUCAACGAGAUUGCACUCACGUAGAGCAGUCGAGGAACUGGUAUGCAAUUGUGAUUGCUGUUGUUAGUCCCGAAAGUAGAUCACUUUCGCUCUCUCUCGUUAUAUAAGGAUGAUAGUUAUUGUAUCUCAAGGCUCGGGUGGAACUGAUUGCCGGUAUCAAUCACUGCUCAUUUGCACUUAAGUUCAUGUAUUUUUAUCUCGUGAAUAUAUUUACGCAACCCCGUUCUAAACUUGACACUAUAAUAACCCUUUACCCUAGCUUUAGUUCUACAUGUAGCAUCCACCGUCAAAUCAUCUCAGUGACUUUUCAGUUUUCAGCUUAGUGAUAUUCUUUUAAUACACAGUAACACCUCUGUAAUUUUCAUACGCUAUCUUUGAACUGCCCUAUUUUAAAACUUUGUGUGAGAAAUAGAACAGUCGCAUACCAACGAAGCUUUGAUAUCACAUGUGCAGACAUAUGAGCAGCAGUAUGAGGGCAAUACAAGACCAGUUUACCAAAACAAUUUAACAUCAAACUCUGGCCCCUUUAUGUUUCCAGCAAAGUUUUUGCUUUUAAUUUUUUAAAUCCUUUCUAUUUUUUAUGUGGGGUAGAUAUUUCUUAAAGCAUCAGAGAGAACUUGCACCUCUACAUCUAGUUGAGUGCACUCUUUGGUUUCUUAUCAAAAGUUCAUCAAGCAAGCUGCUGUGUAAUUUUUCUUAUAUUGCUUAUUGAGAAUUCCUUUGUUGCUGUAUAUUGUAUAGCUGCCUGUAUUUUUCUUUUUUUUCCAGCAGCAUUAUCUUGCUAUAAGUAGAGGACAUAAAGGUUGUAUUACAAACCAUGAAAGGUUUUAACAUGAUUUUUGCAGAAUUGGUAGCACUUUGUCAGGCAAUGAGGUGCAUAGUGUGGGCAAAAAUGGAGAUUUUGGCAGCCUAAAAUAUAUUUUAGCCCAGUUGUUCACUUGUGUGAUUGUUCAAAUUGCUUUUUGUCAUUUUUUUAAGUUUUUAUUUUCUCAAUGCCCUCCUAAGUGUCAAUGAUAACUAUAUUUUAGGUCCUUCUCAGAGUCAUAUAAACCCUUACCUAGCAGCUUGGGCGAAAUGACUCUGAGUCUGGCCCAAAACAUCUUUAUCCCCACAAAUAUAAACACUGUUGUUUUAUUGCUCACUUCAUAGGAAUGUACUAUGAGCAAAAGCUCUGCCAUUUGUAAGAUCCUACAUUGUUCUUCAGCCAAUAAGAAGUAAAUUUAUUUUGAAUUAUUUUACAGAAAUCAAUAAAGUACAAACUGGGGGAGCACUACCAGCAGUGCAAGCAUUAAAAAAACCCAAAAUUGAGAAAACAACCAAUGGAAAUACUUUAUCACCUGUGUCAGAGAAUGUACCUCCCAGCAGCCAAGUACCUGCAGCUGAAAGCCCAGAGGUGCCAGUGGCUACCAGACCUCCCCCUCAGACACAUCACUUCCGUAGACCUGCAGAUGUCUUUGACAGUAAGCUUUAUCAGCCCACUAAAUUGAUGGAAAAGGUCUUUAUUCCAGUAAAAGAAUACCCCAAGGUGAAUAUUUACUUUCUUCCUAAUGUACAGCUGUGGAAUCCUAAUUUGUCUUGGUUGAUGAAAUGUUAUCGUUUAUGAUUGCACUUUUUAUUUUUCUGCAUUAUACAGUACAGCUCAGAGGUACUAAGCUCUAAAUUCAUGUGAAAAGUGCAUUAAAAGAAACCUGCACAUGCGUGAAAUUUUUUUAAAUGCAAAAAAAAAACACACGCAAAAGAAGCUCAUCAGUAUAUAUGAAGCAGUCUUUUGUUUUAUCCUUUGUUUAACUUUGAAUUGUGUGUUAGAUUUAUAACAAAGGAGAGAUUCUGAUGUUGGUGACAUUAUGUGGUUUCUUUCCAAAGCAUUUGGCAUCAGCUCAUUUUUUGAAUUGGCUUUCCUGCAUUGUGAAGGGAAAAAAAACUUUUUGACUUGUUGGGUACCUCUUUAGAAAGCAAACAAGAUGAGGAAAUAUCAAGUUCAAUAAAAGCAUUGUCGUAAAACUUUACAGCUAGCAACUAGCAGCAAGACUUGAAUCAUUUGCAUUCAUUUGUCUGUAAAGUUAUGUGAAAUUAUUUGCAGUUUGCUGGAACAGGAGACAUUUUCCUAAUGUCUUACCAGAAUGAUUUUAGGUUACAGCACCUUACUCGACUCUUAUCAAUUCACAUAAGUAAACAAGAAUAAGUGUCUGUUAAAAUUGUCAUGACGAUCAUCAUCGCACAAUGCUGAGCAUGAAUAAAAAGUACAAACAAAGCAAAACUGCUCUCAUGAAAGCAGUAUUUCCUGAAAUGUCGCACGUAACAUUUGUAUUCAGUUCUAAUAUAACACACGAACUCAAUUGCUACAAUGUCUGUAGUAUAGCAAACAAGAAGCCAUUGGGUCUGGAAAAAAAAGAUAACAUUCGAGAGCUUGUCUACAAGUAUUUUCUGACACCCCUAUCUGAAUGUGAGCUUACUUUGGUGUGACCGUUGAAGGCCAGACACUUGUCUGUGUUCGUGUAAGCCUGAUCAGCAUAAUAUUUAGACAAGUCAGUGUAAUUUUUUUCCUUGAUUGCUUUAAGUUAAAUAUUUUUACAACAUUCAGUUUUAGUAUUUGUUUUCUUUAAUUUAUUUUGGUUAAUGAACCAAAAGUCGAAGAGUCAACAAUAGUGAUCUGGAGAUAAGGUCUUUGAUUACAAGCUGCGCAUUCAAAAACUGGGUUGAUUUGUGCAUUAAAGUUCUCUGUGACACAAGCGUCUUGCCAAAGACACCCAAAUGUGAACUGAAUCAUAGAAAACAAUUAAAUUAUUUAAACAAAAACUGAGAAAUAUUUUAGCACCAAAUAAAAAGUAGACAAGAUGUACGGGCAAAAGUUGAUAUCCAACUUCUUGAUCUGGUUGCAUCUUUUGAAGUGAUUUCCAAUUCUAAAGACAAAGUUAUCACGAUCUCUGGCUGGAAUCAAGUUAAUUAUUUGCAUCUUAAAACUUUCAAAAGCCUAUUCUACAAAAUUCUUGUGGAGUCAUGACAAGUUGUGUCAAAGUUUUAUUGAAACAGCAGCCAUUGCGUCCCUUAGAUGUUGAGAUAUACAAAUGUUGAUUUGAUGUUUCAGUUGUGGCAUUUUGAGACCGAAAACCUUUGGUUUCAGAAACAACGCAGAACAAAGUAAGCUGACUGUGUUGAAUGACAAUAGCAAAAGUGUGCUUUAACAUGCGCUUUUUUUGUGGAGAACGCGAAAAAUGUGGGAAGGUUUUAACCUGUGCAUUAGCCUGUACUGUACUAUACCUGUGCAUUAGCUGUACUGUACUAUAGGCUGUCUUGGUAUAAUGUUGUUUUUUUUGUAUCCCCCUAGUUUAACUUUGUUGGAAAGUUGCUUGGUCCAAGAGGUAACACCUUUAAGCGUCUUCAAGCUAGUACUGGCACCAAGAUGUCAAUUCUGGGCAAAGGUUCUAUGAGAGAUAAGGAAAAGGUCAGUAGACUAACAGUAGAUGUAAGUCUUAAUGUUACUUCAUUUGAUAGGGAAACAUUCUUGCACAUUCACAGUGGUUUCAAUAACUUUAUCGUAAGCACUGCCCAUGGCGUACUAGGAGGCCUAGCCCUGGAAAAGAGGCAGUGAGGCAAAAGCUAAGCACGAGCCUGCUUGUAGGCUAAACAGAGGGCAAUAAGAAGUCUUAUAGGCAGCAGUAGACUUCAUAUAACCAGCUGCUGUUGAAACCCCAGCAUUCAACAAUUACAUUGCUUAUCAUUAUGAACUGAAAAACAGAUUUCAGACAGAUUUUUUGCUAACAACUUGCAGCACCAUUCAAUGGACUAAUUCAUGAAAUAAACUUGAAAUACGAACCAAACAAACCUACUUGUAGCUUUCAAAGGGGUUAAGUUUCUAAAGAAACUGUGGUGCUGCAUUGGUGGGGAUGUCUAACAGGAUAAUUUGGUUUUAUUAACUGAGUUGAUAAUGUAAAUUAGCCAUGGUAAAGAGUGUCUAAGGUGGAGUUUUAAGUGGUAGCCCUUUGGCAGCAGAUCAAAACUGACCACUAAUCAUUGGUCAAAUGCAACUUGAUUCUUACAGCCAAAAAUAACAUGCUAAAACGAAUGGACUGGCACAGCACACCUAAGACUUCAAGCAUUUGAGAAGCAUGCAACUCUCUACUUAGCUCUAACCCUGCUGUUCACAUGAGUGAUCUAGAAAACAUUUCUCCUUAUAAUAUAAAUACAAUAUCAAGUAGACAGGUAAUGAGAAUAAAGAAAAGCAACAAUUAGGGGGUUGAUAGUUAAGAAUUGUAUGGCAGACAGUAAGGUGAAUUACUAAAGAUAUGCUUAGAGUGAAAGGAUUAAUGAUGACUUCCCUCACUGUAGACGACCACACUAUGCAAAUUACAGUUACCAUCUGAUUUAAAUACAAGACAUUUACAUUGUAUAUUUUUAUGGUGCAAAUUUAUUUAUGUGACACAUUUAAGACAAGAAAACACAAUGAAGGAUUUAAUAAAAGUGAUAAUGUUCAAUACAGGAGGAAGAGCUGAGAAGUUCUGGUGAUGCAAAAUAUGCACACCUUGAUGAAGAUCUCCAUGUGCUUAUUGAAGUUGAAGCCCCCCCAGGCCAAGCUCAUGCCAGAUUAGGCCUAGCGAUUGAGGAGAUCAAGAAAUUUUUGGUACCUGUGAGUAUGCUUUUAAUUUUAUUGAUAUAUUCUUAAGGUAGACUCUUCAAUCAUUCAUACAUUUUUAGGAAGCUCUUCAUAGGAUUUUGAUUUACUCAUUUCAUAAAUACAGUCAAACAUGUAGUAAGAGGCACAGUGUUAAUCAGCCAUCCUGUAUUUAGCAGUUUGUGGUCGAAGUCCUGAAAUUUGUACCCCUUAAUUUUUAUAAUUUCACCUCUAUUAAAUGGUCACAGUCACCCUUUACUGAGUUCCAAUAGCAUCUUUUUGUUGUCUUCCACCAGUUCUGGAUAGUCACUAAAAGCAGAAUUACUCAUAUAAAACUGAGAGUAAUCUCAUACAUAAAAUUUAAUCCCAAAUCAAUGUUAGUAGCAUUAUUGAGAUAAUUUUUGUAUAAUAAAUGGUCUAUUAUGGCUCAAAAUGACAUUUUCUAUUGUUCCUCUAUAAAUACCUUUUUAUGUGGAACCUUAAUUAAGGGGUCAACCUGUAUUGAGCAGUCACCAAGCCAUUCUCUGUUGGUGACCACUAAAUACAAGUUUGACUGUAUUUAUAUGCAAAGCCUGCAUUUAUAUGCAAAGCCUGCAUUUAUAUGCAAAGCCUGCAUUUAUAUGCAAAGUUGAAGUGAAACUUUUUUGUUUGUUCUGAUUCCAUGACAGAAAAACAUCAAAACAUCAAUAAAUAUGCUAAGAGAUGCAAAAUUACAAUUGGUUCUGUAUGCAGAAUGGUAUACCAUAAAAACCCGCAGAUAAGCCACACCUUUUCUCCAAAAAUCAUCACUAGGAAUUAUGGUUGUGGCUUAUCUGCGGGAACAUUUGAAAAAGGUGCUGCAAAUGUUGAUGCCUAUGUCCGUUUUCAUGUCCAAUCUAAUGCCUGGUUACUAGGCUUGGAAUGUUCUGCUCACUUUCUUGUUGUAAUGCAAAAAUCUAUGGAGAAACUGUGUUGAAUGAAGAAAUUCCUGUCAACAAAUACCAGAAAAAGAUUAAGUCACAUGUCAAAGUUGGUAGAAACAAUGUUCAUUAUAUUAAACUGGUAAACUUGUGGGUAAGACUUUGAAGUAUUUUCCAUUGCAAUGUUAACAGUGAGUUUAUGUUUGAUGAACAGUGGAUGAAAGAGACUUCUCAAGACUUGACUUUGGAUUUCUUUUAAUUUCUUUCAAAAUACUUUUUUCCCAAAAUUUGAGCUGCUAAAUUCAGGGUGCAGCUUAUCUGCAGGUGCAGCUUAUUGGCAGGUUUUUACAGUACAUUUUUAGCAAAUGCAUAGCCAGGGUACCUCAUGGUAAUGGAUACUGGUCUUGUCUUGUUGCCCUGUGCACAGCUGUAGCUCUGUGUUACCCUACAAUUUUUUUUGACUUUGCCAAUUCAUUUGUCAAUUUACACACAAACAAUUGAUUUCAGUGGAGGAAGAUUACUUCCAGUAUGCAGUAUGCAGACCUUUUAAAUUUAAAUCUUGCUGUUGCAGUUUGAAACCUUCAAAACAAAUCUAAUUUGGACCAUUUUUUUUAUUACUUUGUAGGAAAAUAACGAUGAAAUCCAUCAGGAACAGAUGAGAGAAAUGGCAAUACUUAAUGGCAUGGAGGAACCGGUUCCUGCUGCUGCUCCAGUUGCAGUUCCUGCACCUGUUCCUAGGGGACGCCCUCACCCCAGAGGAGUUCCACAUCACUUACACCACCCAGCUCAUCAUGGACGAGGAACCCCAGUUCCACGUACAACUGCCAUUGCAAGACCUAGAGGACCCGCUGUAGGACACGUGACUGUAUCAGCAGCACGCUCUGCUGCUGGACUAGGUCCGUCAUCACCAACCGUAGCUCAUGCUGCACCAAGAGCAGCCGCAGUCCCAGGGGAUCCAUAUGGAGUAAGUGAACAUACAGAAAAUUUGUUUUCUCAGAACCUGAAAUAAAGUAAUAACUCAAAUAACUGUAAGAGAAGUAGGAUUAACCUUAACUGAAACAUUUUCAUGGUAUUUUAGGCUAAGCCUGUAUGUAGUAAACAAAGCAGCAGAAGAAGAUUGCAUUCUCUUCAGAGGGUAGCAAGAUCACAAAAGAAUGUGCGAACAGAUUGAAUGAGGGUGGAAUUAGGCAACUCCUGUUUGUCCUUAAUCAUCACAAUCCUGUCAUAAAAUUUAAAAUUAAGUUUAAAAAAGGGAAAUUAAAUGUAGUAAAUGCAGUGGUGUGGCACCCUAAUUUGUAAUAUUAACCAUGUUAAGCCAUGUUAAACCAAAGUAGAUCACUUUUGAUGAAAUGACAUUUAAGCUUUUUGGUGUACACCACAGUUUAUUCCAUGAAAGCCCUUUUAAAAAGUUUUGUUUUCAACUGCACUUAAACUGUUUACCUGAAAUACAUUUACUUGUGCACUUGAAUCUGCUAGGCAGUGCACACACUUCCUGCAUCGGUUGGGGUACAACUGCUGACUACUGGAGAACAAGUGAUUGUAAGUGCUCAUAAGUAAAGGAGCCUCCAUUAAAAAAAUGUGAUAAUUGGUUAAAUCAACACAGUUAUUACUGUAGUUUCAGUGUGAAAUGUAGUGCAAUUGUUUGGUUGAGGGGAGUUCUGUAAAGGGCCCUAUGGGUACUCCAUGGAGUAAAAGUCAUCUCAUUUCAGUAGCAUGGAGCAACUGGACUAUUCCCAUUUCCCAUUGUUUGGGGAUGGCAGUCCAUUGUUGGAUUAUCCCUGGAAUUUCUUGUUUUCUUGACUUUUUGCUGGUGGUUUGUUAUACUUCUGAGUUGAUAGAGGCACAGUGAGAGUGUUGUCUGCUUCAAGAGCAUAACACUGUGACCCAGCUAAGGCACCAAUCCAGUGUCUAGUUAGCCAUGGACUAAGCCACUGAGUGGAUUUUGAUGACUGAAAUGUUAUCAAAGGUGAAAAACAUGAUUCACUAUUGUGGACUAAAGUCCUUUUCAGGACUUCCCUCACUCUUAUGAUCAUACUUCAUGAUUGACUGGUAUAAUUAAACUUGCCAAUAUUUUACAUUGUCACUUACAAUUCAAUGUCUCCGUGAACAAUUUCCAGGUACAGUUGUAACCGUACUCUUUUCACAAUACAGUUCCUUAAUUACUGGUGUGACUUAUCAAUAAUAUUUUCACCAGAUAUACACAAUAACAUAAAUCAAGUCUUGUCGCACUUCAUAUUUAAAUGCAACAAUCUUAAAGUUAAAGCAUCCUCACAUAGUAAGCUGUUAAAUAAAUAAAAUAAUCAUGCAAGAAGGUUAAAAGUAAAAUAGUUUGUCUUAAUUGCAUAAACAGAAGCUUCCAUGUCUGAGUGAUAAAGUGGUUUUAAAUGUAUUCAUAGUGUUUAAUUCUAUGAAUCACAUUCAGUUGCCUUUUUUUCAGGGCUACGAGUCUUAUGAGCCAAGCUAUGAAUUUGAAGCAGCCUACCCGGAACAUGGGUGAGCACUUAAGUCAUCCUACAGUCUCAAAAUCUAAUAAAUUGCAAUGUCAAGGAAAAAUUGAAUGAAUUUCAUGUAUGCAGUUACAUAUUCCUCAAACUUUUAGUGACAGUACAUAGCUUUAUUGUAAGUUCUAUAUAAAAAUUUCUAAAAUUAAGGUCUGUGUGGAAUUAUUUGUGGAGCAAAGCACCAGAUGGAUGGCUUUUUUGCUUGAUUUUCCUAGAGGUAAUGAAGCAGCAAAGGUUUUUGUUGAGGAAAUAGUCAUGGAGUAUGUUGUGUCCAAUUAAAUUUGCUAGGAAUCUCAUGAUGCCCAGAAUAUCAAAGCCAUUUGCCCACCAAUGAACCUUUAGCUUAGAUGAAAACAUAGGGGUGUGCUCCUUUGAAAUUUUUGGUAUCACUGAUAGCCAUGGAGCUCCUUUCAAAGGAACACACAGAACUAUUUUCAAAGGGCAAUUUUCUCUUUUCAACAUUUGUAGGCUGCUGGCAUCACAGUAUUAUUUAAGGAGUUUUGCUAAUGAGUAUUACAACUUGGUCAUUAUGGCAAAGGUAUUCAAAGGAAAGGGUGGACAAUGUCAUCCAACUGAUAAGAGUUAACAAAACAUACUGCACUAUCUACUAAAUUUAGAUUUUGUAAUGGAUAGUGCUAUCCAUUCUUGAAAGAACCUGGGCCAGUUUUUUUGGUCUUUGGGUUAAACAUACCUGUACAUUGUAUGAAUCAACAGUGAAGCAGUAUACUAUGAAUAUGGCCAGCCAGGAGAGGUUUUUGAUGCAACUUUUGCAGGUAAGUGCUACAUCCUGCUCAUUUUUGUUUCCUCUACAUCAAUUCCCAUUUAUGGACAAUGAGAGACUUUUGAAAACAAGCAAAAACUGGAUUUCUGGUCAUUAAAUCUGAUUGCCUUAAAAGCCUUAUUGUGAAAAUUAUAUGCUGUGAAUUAGCAAGUGAAGUUGUAAACAAAUAAGAUUACUUGUUUGAAGGGUACUUUUCCCUUUAAAGAUGAAAGAAAAAUCUAACCAUUAAGCAUCUUGAGUAGAGAUUGAUUUGGAAUUUGUUUCACUAAACUAGCUCUGUCAUAGUGAGAUUAAAUAUUAAUUCAUAUGGGUAUUUUUACUUUAACUUAUUUAAUGAAUUAUAAUGAAAAUAAGGACUGUGAUUUCUUUAAUACAAGAUUGCAGGAAAAUGUUUCUGUGUGCACAAUAUGAUUAUCAUUAAUAUGACAUGUCUCUUCUCAGAAGAAUAUUUUUUUCCAAUAAAAGUUUGUGUGAUGUUUAUUUAGUAAGUUAACUUUUACCUACUAAAGAAUUUAAAAGUAGAAGAGUUACACAGGUCCACUGAAAAGGAAAUUUAUUUUGAGUGGCAGUAUUCUCAAAGGUUAAAGCAAGGUUGAAUUGUCUUUGCUGUAAUAGAACUUGUGCCUUAAAGUGUAACUCUGUACUUUAUAGGUGAUAACUUUCCUUUACUGUUAUUUUUAGGUUAAUUCCAGUUCUUUAAUUAAUGUUAGAAGGUGUUAAUGUUAAACUUACAUAAAUUCUUAUUUUAGCUCCAACAAGAGUUCCUGCAAACUCAUCUGCAACUUUCAAGGCUCCACCAGCUCGUACUGUGAAGAAAAUUGUUCGUGAAGCAACAUACCCUUAUUGAAGUAGUUAACAAAUUAUAAUUAUUUUCUAUAGCUUCUGAUUUGAAAAGUGAAGCUUGCUGAUAGUGUUUUGAUAAAUUUCUCAGAAACCAUUAUGUAUGUUCACCACUUUUCUUUUUACAAGGAACUGGUGUUCAGGAUUUCACGUUCUUUCAGUGCAGAUAUUUUCAUAAGUUUGUUGCUAACUGUUAUAAAUCAUGUUAACUUUUCCCUAAGAUUAAUAGGAUAGAAUUUUGUAUGGAGCCUUCAGAUCACUCAAAUGGCCAUAAAUUUGAAAGCAUACAAGCAGCAUUCCAAACAUUAAAAACACUAAAAACAAACCAAAAAAAACCUCUAGCUAAAGACUAACCAAGCAACAAUUUUGGUGUAGUUACCCAAAGUUGUCAUAAUGUUCCAAAUUUGUUUAUUAUUGAAAUCUAAUCAGAACAUGAAUGCAUUCCAGUAAUACUCAUUGUAAAUUUUCCCCAUAAACUUAAAGCUAGAGGCAAACAUAUAACUAAAUUUUUGUUGGCAACAUGCUCCUAAAUUUCAGACUUUCAAUUUCAGGGAUGUAUUUGUAAUGAUUAAAUGGUAUUAAACAUGUGCAUUACAGGGAUGAGCCUACAAACAUCCAAAACUGCAAAGCAUUGUUAACCACUUUAAAGGGUUAAAUAUGAUGUGGCUUAAUCUUUCUACCAUGUAUGUUAAAUCUAAACAGUUUAAUCUAUCUGUCAUUGAUGAACUCAAUAAAGUAAUAAACGUUGCUAAACAGUUUGUUUUUUUUUUUUUUUAGUUUAGUUGUCCAUAACAGCCAAAAGUGACUAAAUUGACACUUAGAGUAUUGUUGUAAGUGCAAAGAUCAAAACUUAAUUAUGAACUUAACAGUGUUCUCACAACUUCUCUUAAACAAAAACAAGAAGCUCAUGUCCCUUAUCUAAACAUUCCCAAAACAUAUCUAAAGUUCUGCAAUAAAUACAUUUUUGAUGUGAUGAAUUGCUGUAAACUUUUAACUUUCAUAAUAGAGAAAUUCCAAUGUGGUAUAAGUAGUUUUGAAUAUGUGUUUUUGAGAGUUUUAUCUUAAUUAUUAUUUUUUUAACAUUCAGAUGUUUGUAUUUUUUUGGUUGUUGUUGUAAUUUUGAGAUCAGUUUGCUUUCUCUUCUUUUCAUCUAACCUCUUCACUGAUGCGUGGUUUCUUCCUUAAAGAUUUUCUAAAAUAAUUUAAUGUUGGGUUCCUAAAUUCUAACCCUGCAGUAGAACAUUCAUGAAUUGACAAUGUAUCUAAUGAAGGCAUCCAUUUGAAUGGAAUAUUUUUUGAUGAAAUAUCCAUGCCGAAAAAGUUUGAUAACUGUAUUUUCACAUAAAUGAUGCUUUUACAGCUAUUUUUUUUUACAUACAGCAAAUUGCAUAUGUUUUGUAACUGCUUUCUAUAUAAUGUGUGUCCACAAAAAAUCUGCUUUGGAAGAUAGGUUUUCUAUUUCAUUUUCUUGUAUCUAUCAAUAAAAUGUUGGUUUUGUAGUCAACUGAACUGGUUAAUGCCUUGUGUUAAACUUUGUCUGUGUACCUUUGUUAUUUGAAAUAAUUCUGGGUAGCAAUGUUAAAAGUAUGUGAUUGUUUGAAUACUCUUCCUUCCUUCCUUGGGACAGAACAUUUUUGUUAUGUUUCAACAUUUGUUUCUUCAUGUAGUUGGAUGUUGGUCUGUUUCCAUGCAGGUGGUAGUAGAAGUAAGAAUUAAACUGUAAAAUAAAGACAAACAAGCCAGUCGUUUGUUUGAUUGACCAUGGUCAUGUACUUUACAUUGACUGUUGUUUUCCAACUUUUCAUCAAUAACCAGAUGUUGUUCAUUUGGUAUCAUGAUACCAUCAAUUUUACCUGGUAAAUGAUUUUUCUUAAAAGUGUCUAAGCAGAAGACCUUAGUGUUCAUCUUUGCUCUUUGAAUUCACACCUUAAUUCAAUCCAAGAGGAGUAAAAACAGUAAUCUGUAAGAAACCAUUGACUUAAUACUUAAUUUGUAUAGUUUUUAUAGCUCCUAAUUACCAGGCAAAAAACAAACAAACAAAAAUCCAUGUAAACGAGCAGCGCUACUUAAAAACUUCACAGUAAUUCGAAGAAAUCAAGAUAAAUAUGGACUCAACAGUACGCUUUUGAGAAUGCAAUGAUGCUCGAAGAAGACUUCAUUGAUGCUGGGUAAUAAUCUGAAAGGUAACUUUCCCAUUUUAUUAUCUUUCUUUUGUGUAAUGUAACAAAAUAAAUUCAGUUUAACUUUUAAGUGAGGAUGAAUCCUCAUUAUCUUCAAUAGAUUAUUUUAAUGACUGAUUUUCCCACUUUGUCCAGUGACUAGCAUCUAAUUUCUCCUACUCAGUAUCACUGCCAAAUCACACAUUAAGGUCAUGAGAAUAAAGGAAAUGAUUACUUUCUAAAGAAGCUCGGGACUGUUAAACAAAUCCUCCUUGUCAGUUCCAUAGGAAAUGUAUGGAACGAUGUGGAGAAUAUGCAUACUGAUUAGAGGGUGUAAAAGAUUAAAUGCAGUGAUGCGUGAUGAUUUUAAUUACUAUAAGAGUAAAAUCAAACUUAAACCAAUUCAGUCAGAGUGACAAAUGCAGUUGGCUCUGACAAUUUCAUGUAUCAGCAAAUUUGUUUUGUCAGGCAUGGAAAUUCUAAAGUUAAGCUUCAGUUAA